AUGGAUGACAUGUAUGCAGAAUGGCGGAAGGACCCUGAUUCAGUUGAUGUCUCAUGGAAAACAUAUUUUGAGGCAAUAGAAGCCGGGAAACAACCCCCUAAACAUUUACUUCAACCUCCCCAGCAUUUAUCGUUUGAAUGGGGUCCGGGGUCCUCGCCAAUGCUUCCAGGCCUGAAUAUUGCUACCAAAAUACCGCCCAUUCUUUCAUCAGCAGGUGACGAUCAAGCCAGGAUACAACGGCUCGUUCGAGCAUUCCAAGACUUUGGUCACCAGGUAGCAAAGACAAACCCGUUGGAUCUACCAGAUAAAGCACUGUCCCCACCAGAAUUGCAGCUGGAUUUCUACGGCUUCACUGAGAAGGACUUGGACCGAGAGUUUGAACUUGGACCCCAAGUUCUUCCUUCCUUGAAAUCCGCAACCCACCAAUACAUGACUCUUCGCGAUAUCCUCCAGGUAUGCGAAUCCGUUUAUUGUGGCUCGAUUGGAACUGAAUAUUCGCAUGUCGCAACUAGUGAGGAGCGCGAGUGGAUUCGCGAGCGAAUUGAAUCCCCCGAACCAUAUAAGUUCCCAGCAGAAGAAAAAAGGAGAAUACUUGACCGGCUGGUGUGGUCUACGAAUUUCGAGAAAUUCCUCGCUGCCAAAUUCCCGAACGCAAAGCGGUUUGGGCUGGAGGGUGUCGAGAGUCAGCUUCCAGCAGUGAAGGCAGUGAUCGAUGCCUCCGCAGAGCAUGGUGUGCGUAAUAUCAUAUUCCCAUGCUGUCACCGUGGGAAAUUGAAUAUUUUGAGCAAUGUCACAAGGAAACCGAAUGAAUUGAUCUUCAACGAAUUCUUGGGCGAAUUGAAAUCUCGACAUGGUAUUCCAGGCGAUGUGAAGUACCACCUGGGAAUGAACUACGAGCGUGAGACACCUUCCGGAAAGAAGGUCAAUAUUUCUAUUCUCCCAAAUCCGUCCCAUUUGGAAGCCCAGAAUCCGGUUGCCCAGGGUAUGGCCCGAGCUGUGCAGCAACAGAAUAAAGAAGACCGAGCAUCAACUAUGGUCUUUAACAGUCACACCGAUGCUGCAUUUUCUGGGCAGGGAGUUAUCUACGAAACCUUGGGACUAUCUGGGUUGAAGUCAUAUGAGACUGGUGGAACAAUCCAUUUGAUCGUCAACAACCAAGUCGGAUUCACCACGGACCCGGAGUCCGCAAGAACAUCGUCCAAUGUAUCCGACAUCGCAAAGAGCAUCAGCGCACUUGUUUUCCACGUCAAUGCAGAUGAUGUUGAAGCUGUUGUGUUUGUGUGCAAGCUCGCAACAGAUUACCGUGCCAAAUUUGCAAAGGACUGUUUCGUGGAUAUGAUAUGUUAUCGGAAGAAUGGACACAAUGAGAUGGAUCAGCCGUCCUUUACCCAACCGUUGAUGUAUCAGCAAAUUGCAAACAAGGUCACUCAAUUGGAGCUUUACACUGUCAAGCUAGUACAACAAGGGGUAGUUUCUCGUGAAGAAGUCACGCAGAUGGAAGAAGAGGUGUGGACUAAACUAAGUGAGAGCCUCGCAAAUAGCAAGAACUCGCAGACCAUCGCACGCGAAUAUCUCACAGCACCAUGGCAAGACAUGAAAAAGCCAGAUGAAGUGUCUCGGGAAGUCUAUCCAGCCAAAUCAACAUCCAUCACCCAGGAUCUCAUCAAUACAGUUGCAAGUAAGAUGGGCGUUCCAGAGCAACCAUUUAGCGUGCACAAAAGCUUGCACAAAAUUCUCCAAAAGCGACAGAACAGUCUAACAGACGGAAAGGAAAUUGACUGGGCUACAGCAGAGGCGCUGGCGAUGGGAAGCCUGUGUCUUGAAGGUCAUCAUGUGCGGAUUUCAGGUCAAGAUGUCGAGCGCGGCACAUUCUCCCAGCGACACGCAGUGCUCCACGACCAAAGUAGCGGGUCAAAAUUUACUCCUCUUGAUUCACUGAGCCCCAGCCAAGCUCGCUUCACUGCCGGAAAUUCUUCUUUGAGCGAAUACGGCGUCAUGGGAUUCGACUACGGAUACUCUUGCAUGCACCCUAAUGCAUUGGUGAUGUGGGAGGCACAAUUUGGUGACUUUGCAAACAAUGCCCAAUGCAUAAUUGAUCAGUUCAUUUCGUCCGCCGAGUCAAAAUGGCUAUUAAGAUCUGGAAUUGUGUUGUCUCUACCCCACGGGUUUGAUGGACAAGGAUCUGAGCAUUCCUCGGCUCGUAUGGAACGGUUCCUACAGUUGUGUAAUGAGGACGCUCGCUUCUUCCCAUCACCGGAGAAGUUAAACAGACAGCAUCAAGAUGCCAAUAUGCAAGUUGUCUACAUGACCACUCCUGCAAAUAUGUUCCACGUGCUCAGAAGACAGCUACACCGUGAGUUCAGAAAGCCGCUGAUCAUGUUCUUCUCGAAAUCUCUUCUUCGAAACCCGAUGGCAAAAUCCAACAUUGAAGAUUUCAUCGGAGAGUCAAAGUUCCAGCCUCUGAUCCCAGACCCAGCCCAUGGAAAAUCCAUUUCCAACCCUUCUGAUAUCAAACGAGUGAUAUACUGCACGGGACAAGUCUACAUGGCACUAGCAAAUUAUCGAGAGACCCACGGAAUUACGGAUACAGCCAUAACCCGUAUUGAACAGCUUCAUCCAUUCCCUUGGGAACAGGUAAAAGAGAAUCUCGAGCAGUACCCGAGCGCCUCGGAUGUCGUAUGGUGUCAAGAGGAAUCCCUCAAUGACGGCCCAUGGGCAUUCGCUCGAAGUCGACUUGAGACUAUCUUUGAUACAACGGAGCAACAUAAGGGCCGUCGAGUACGCUUUGCGGGGCGCGAAGCAACGGCUAGUGUGGCUACAGGGUUUGUCAAGGAACAUCAUGCGCAAGAAGCUGCUUUGCUGAAGGAUGCUUUCCAAUCUGGUUGA